AUGAUUAAAACUUCAAGUGGAUCCCCAUCUUUAUUCGGAAAUUCAUCCACAAGUAUUAAACUUCAGCAACAACUUCAUUCUGCUUCGAAUACACCAAAGGUUCUAUCGACACCUAAACCUUUAUCAACAAAAGAUUUAACUAAAGUGGUUGAUGCGAAUCCUUUUAAUAUGGAAGAUUUGGUUACUCCAUUGGAUGAAGAUGAAAUUGUUAAUUUGGAACCGGUUAAAAUUGGGUCAACUGUUGCGGUUUCUAGUCCAUUAAAUUCUCCUCCUGCUGAUUUGGAUGAUUUGGAAGAAUUCCCGCCUUUGAAAAAUUCUACGAGUUAA